CCAGGCCUUUAGCCUUGGAAAAGCCCCCAUAAAAGAGGAAAAAAAGAGAGCAGCAUUUUCGAUUCCUCUAUAUAUACACUUUCCAUUCAACAAAUCUCCUCUGACUCGGUGCCUUCUUCCUCUCCCUGCAACAAAUCUCCAAAUUAACUCUUUGGUUUGUAUUGUGAGCGAGUAAGCUAUGGUGUUCUUUAGGAGCGUUUCUCUUCUUUCGCGACUUCGUUCUCGUGCUGUUCAACAGUCUAAUCUCAGUAAUUCUGUGAGAUGGCUUCAGAUGCAGAGCUCUUCCGAUCUUGACCUUCAUUCUCAACUAAAGGAAUUGAUCCCAGAGCAACAGGAGCGCCUCAAGAAAAUCAAGACGGAACAUGGAAAAGUUCAAUUGGGAAAUAUUACAGUUGACAUGGUACUUGGUGGGAUGAGAGGAAUGACAGGAUUGUUGUGGGAAACCUCCUUACUUGAUCCAGAUGAGGGAAUUCGCUUUAGGGGGCUGUCAAUUCCUGAAUGCCAAAAAUUGUUACCAGGUGCAAAGCCUGGUGGAGAACCUUUACCUGAGGGUCUUCUUUGGCUUCUUUUAACUGGAAAGGUACCAAGCAAAGAACAAGUUGAUGCAUUGUCAAAGGAAUUACGUGAUCGUGCCACUGUUCCAGAUUAUGUGUACAAGGCAAUUGAUGCUUUACCUGUCACAGCUCAUCCAAUGACUCAAUUUGCAUCUGGUGUUAUGGCUCUUCAGGUUCAAAGUGAAUUUCAAAAAGCAUAUGACAAAGGGAUUCCCAAAGCAAAGUACUGGGAGCCAACAUAUGAGGACUCUCUCAAUCUGAUUGCCCGUGUGCCAAUAGUAGCUUCAUAUGUUUAUCGGAGGAUAUACAAAGAUGGGAAAAUUAUUACCCUGGAUGACUCUCUGGAUUAUGGUGGAAACUUUUCACAUAUGUUGGGAUUUGAUAGCCCCCAGAUGCAAGAGCUUAUGAGGCUUUAUGUUACAAUCCAUAGUGAUCAUGAAGGUGGCAAUGUCAGUGCUCAUACUGGUCACCUGGUUGCUAGUGCACUUUCGGAUCCUUAUCUUUCAUUUGCAGCUGCAUUGAAUGGUUUGGCUGGACCACUCCAUGGCUUGGCCAAUCAGGAAGUUCUGCUUUGGAUUAAAUCUGUGGUGGACGAGUGUGGUGAGAAUAUGACCACAGAACAACUGAAAGACUACGUCUGGAAAACAUUAAAUAGUGGAAAGGUUGUUCCUGGAUUUGGUCAUGGAGUUUUACGUAAAACUGAUCCAAGAUACACAUGCCAGAGGGAGUUUGCAUUGAAACAUUUACCUAAUGAUCCGCUGUUCCAGCUGGUUUCUAAGCUUUAUGAAGUUGUGCCUCCAAUCCUUACUGAGCUAGGCAAGGUUAAAAACCCCUGGCCCAAUGUUGAUGCUCACAGUGGGGUAUUGCUGAACUACUAUGGUUUAACUGAAGCUAGGUACUUCACUGUUCUUUUUGGUGUAUCAAGGAGUAUUGGCAUUUGUUCUCAGCUAAUAUGGGACCGAGCUCUUGGGUUGCCACUUGAGAGGCCAAAAAGUGUUACAAUGGAAUGGCUUGAGAAUCACUGCAAGAAAGCCGCGUCAUCCUAAAUGCAUUUAUCUAUAGGAAUAAUUGCUCAAAAACAUGGGUUUUGCAAUGGAUGAAGGGUGGUGUAAAGUUGAGAGCUUCAGUCGUGUAGUCAAAUUACUGGGAUAUUAUUUUUAACACUGGCAAUGUUGAGUUUCUUUCACAAUUUUUUCUUUUCAAUUGUAAACAAGGGUUGAAUCCCAAAUCUGUUGUUGAUAUAUAAAAAUUGUCACUGUAAAGUUAGCUGAAACAACAUGAAUUCAUGGUCUAGUUGAACCAUUUGAAUAAAAGUGUUGUGCAUCUUUCUGCCCAA